AUGCAACGUGACGAACCAAUCAACUUUCUGCGCCUUUCAACUGCUCUCAAGAUCUUCUGUGGUAGCUCUAUCAAGCUGGAUAUGCUCCCUCGUGCGGAGACACUGCUUCAAGAGUACUUGCUUGAGUACAAAAGGUUGUAUGGUGUUGACGCCCUGAAACCGAACUUUCAUUGGGCAGUUCAUCUUAGGCAACAGAUCCUUGACUAUGGACCAGUCUACAACUUUUGGGCCUUUCUCUCCAAGCGUCUCAACAAAGUCCUCAAGAGUUCAAACUCGAACAACUGGACUGGGGGGCAGAUUGAGAUUUCGAUGAUGAGGGAGUUUGCACAUGGUGCUCAGAUAGAUUCUCUGGCUCGUGAUGCGAUAGCAAAUGCUGAAAGUCCGAUUGUCAAGAUGCUUCUAGAACGCAUGCUCGGUGAUGGCCACAAGGCCUCUGGAACGAUCCAGGAUGCUGCUGCUGGGACAGGCUUUGACGAAUUGAGUCCAUAUUUGCAUGUCCAACCUGGUCCAUCGAUACCAAACCCACAACGACUCAGCGAUGCAGCUCGUGUUGCAUUAUAUACUCACUAUAACUCACAACAACCCCACAGCGUUCAUUAUGCACUUGAAGCAAAUCCCCAUCCAGGUUCAUCUCAACUCAACGACUUUGCGUUGUACUAUCAGUUCGCACUUCUAGAUGGACGUAGGAUCUCACCGUUGGCAAGAAGCACUCAAGAGUCUGCCGGAUCAUCUCUCGUCAAGGUCGCAUACAUGGAUAAGUCAUGGUACGGUGAAGUAAUCAACAUCUUCAGCCACAUACAGUUGGGGAUAGCGAACGGAACUCGGCUUCUCACUGAACUCAGGUGGAUGAUAGAGUUACCGCUGGUGCCUGUUGAAGAUGAUCCAUGGAGCAAGUUUCCCGAGCUCGAUGUUAUGUGUUUUAAACUAAAUGAAUACUGGAGCCCAGGCGAAGAUGGAGCUCCCCCUACCGUUCUUCCAUUUGAUCAAAUCACCAGCCAGAUCGCUCGUGGAAUCAUCAAGACCAGUAAUCCAGAAUUGUGGAUAACAACAACGCUUGACCGUGUACGUGCAAAAUUUUCUCUAUCAUACAAUGAUUAA